AUGUCAAUAGUCACGUUGCCUUUCCUAGUGGUACAGCCAACCAAAGCACAUACUGCAACAGUGAUCUGUUUACAUGGUAUCGGCGAUGAUGGCAGAGGAUGGAAUCCCCUGACAAACGAGCUUGCACUUGCCCUCCCGCACGUAAAGUGGGUUCUCCCCCACGCACCUCAACGACCCGUAACAGUGUAUAAUAAAGAAUGGCUCCGUGCCUGGUUCGAUAUGCCGUCUUUUUCCUUCACCGAGACUGAGGACGCAUCGGGCAUGUUGGACUCGGUAUGCAAACUAGACGCGCUUGUCAAGGCCGAGGUCGACGCUGGCAUCCCACAAGAACGUAUUGUCCUAAGCGGCUUUUCGCAAGGUGGUGCAAUAGUACUCCUUUCUGGUCUCGGCGGGCGCGCAGUGCACGAGGGAGGUGAGGGCUGGAAACUUGCAGGAGUCGUAGUAAUGAGUGGGUGGCUGCCAUUACGGGACCGUUUCAAGUCGCUCAUCUCCCCGCACGCGCUAACGAUGCCAGUUUUUUGGGGUCAUGGAACAGACGACCCAAUUGUGAGAUAUAGCUUCGGGCGAAAGUCGGCGGAGAUUUUGAAGGAUCAUGUCGGCUUAGCGCUAAGGUGGGGCGACAAAGGAGAGGCAGAACGCGCGGCCUUUGGGAGCGCUGGUGUGAGUUUCUUGGGGUAUGAUGGCGUGCUACACGCAACAUGUUCCAAGGAGCGUGCUGACCUGAAGGAGUUUUUAAAAAGAGUAAUCCCUGACAACCAUGCUGGAUGA